AUGUCGCUCGAGUCCUCUCCAGAACCGCCGCGCCGCUCGCCCAAGAGAAAACGCUCGAUCUCGCAUGGCUCCGACUCGGCAGCAUACGAUGGCGCCGUGGAUCCACACUUCUCCUACGCUUACGACGAGGACCUGACCAGCGACGCGGAAAAUGCGCUACAGACGCCGGACCAGGCCAGCGACGACGAGGCCUCGCAACCAAAGAGAAGGAAAGUCGAAAGACCGAAGCGAUUGAACUACGUACCGCACAUGACAUUGCGCGGUCACAAGAGGGGAGUUGCUGCAGUGAAAUUCUCACCAGAUGGCAGGUGGAUAGCUAGUGCUUGUAAGCAUGACCAAGGCAGCACGCGAAAUGGAAAGGGCUGAUGUGAAGUAGCGGCGGAUGGCAUGAUCAAGAUCUGGGAUGCGCAAACAGGGGCGAUAUCGCAAACACUCGAAGGACACCUCGCUGGCAUAUCCACAAUAUCUUGGAGCCCAGAUUCUCGAGUCAUUGCCUCUGGGGCGGAUGACAAGAUCAUUAGGCUCUGGGAUAUCGCGACUGGGAAGAGUCUUCCCAACCCGCUAGUCGGUCACCACAAUUACGUGUACAGCCUAGCCUUUUCUCCUAAGGGCAACAUGAUAGUGUCGGGAUCAUACGAUGAAGCUGUUUUCUUGUGGGAUGUGCGAACAGCCCGAUUGAUGCGCAGCCUACCUGCUCACUCGGAUCCGGUAUCUGGAGUGGACUUUGUUCGAGACGGAACACUGAUCGCGUCGUGCUCGAGCGACGGCCUCAUCCGGAUAUGGGAUACCAGCACCGGCCAAUGUUUGAAGACUCUCGUGCACGAAGACAACGCUCCUGUCACCAGCGUCAAGUUCUCGCCCAAUGGCAAAUUUGUCCUGGCUUGUACAUUGGACUCAUGCCUCAGGCUGUGGGACUACGUCAAUGGUCGAGUCGCGAAAACGUAUCAAGGCCAUAAAAACGAGAAGUACAGCAUCAACGCGGCAUUCGGCACGUACGGAGCCCUCCCGAACUCGCCCGCCGAUGGCCUGGAGAACGGAGCGCCCACCGUCAUUGAAGAUCAGAAGUGGGCAUUCGCAGCUUGUGGGAGCGAGGAUGGCAAGACUGUCAUCUGGGACGUAAGCUCUAAAGAAGUCCUGCAAUCGCUAGACAGUCACGAGGGUGUUGUUCUAAGCGUCGAUGUCGGCCUUGACGAUCAAACAAUCGUCACAGGCGGCUUGGACAAGGCCAUCAGGAUCUGGAAACGACACCCGUUACCACUCGGAAUGGACAGUCCUCAGGCCGCCGAUGGUGCGCCGCAACUCAGAUCAGAAGUUCCGUCUGACGAGGAGGUAAGAGACUCCGACGCAGGGUGA